AUGAAAUCAAUUGUAAAUUAUCUUGCAUUAUUAGCAAAAUAUCCCAAACUUCAUAAACUUUUAGAAUUUGCAUCAUCAAUUAAUCCAACUCAUGAAGAGUAUUUUUAUGCAUUUGAUGAAGCAUUGGAAACUUCUAGUGUCAAAUACAUAAAGUUUAUAAUAUUGACAGAAAGGAAAAGGAUGGAUUUACUUUUUGGAGAAUUUAUAGGUGAUCGAGUAGUUGAUGGAAGAUAUGAAUUAUUUUGGGGUCUUGUUAAUUCUUUAUUAACUGCAUUUGAUUUACCAAAUCCAACAAGUCUUCCUUUAUUUCAAAAUUGCAAGGAAUUGACAGAGAAUGGUUAUGCUAAACUUUUUUCAUGUUAUAGCAAAGGAGAAGAAAGACUUGUGCAAAUUUAUAGGCAAGAAGUAUUGAAAAUUGAUCCCAUUAAUACAAAAGGAAGAAGGGCUAGUUGCAACCAAAACAAAAAAUAUAAAAAUUGCUGA